AUGAACACACCUUCGACUUUUCAACAGGGUGUCACCCAGGCCACAUCUUCGUCUUCCCCAUCAUCUUGCAGUUGGACCGAUCAAAUUGGACACAUGGUUGAAUCCAUCUUCAGUUCAAAGACAGCUGAACAAAUCUUUCAACGAUACUUGGACAAUUUUGCUCCAAAAUGUCCCAUUGUUGUGUUUCCAACUGGCACAACAACUGCGCUUGUGCGAGAGACCAAGCCAUUGCUAUUUUUAUCCAUAAUCAGUAUCGCUUCUGCUGGGUACUGUACCAUCUCCCAGCAGAGAGACUUAGCAGUUAAUGUCAGGCUUUAUCUGGCAGACCGGGCGGUUGUUCGGGGCGAAAAGUCUAUCGAGAUCGUUCAAGCUCUUCAGGUCGUGUCUUUUUGGUACAGAGCACCAGACGAUUAUAAACAGAUGAACCUGAACCAACUAGCUUCUAUUGCCACAACCAUGGCUAUAGAUCUUGGAUUGGAUAGGAUUGAGGUAACAAAGCCAGCUGGCAAAGUCGAGGAAAUGUGGGAUCGGGCGGAAGCACAGCGUGCCUGGCUCGGUUGUCUUCUCUUAUCUGCAAGUCUCUCCCUGAUAUUGAGACGCCCCAAUUCGCUCGCCUGGAGCUCGCAGUAUGAUGACUAUGUCGCCGAUUUGCGCAGGACCAAAACAUCUCCUACUGACGAGUUCCUUUGCAUAACUGUAACAGCAGAGGGUAUUUGCCACGCUGUAAACCAGGAGCUAUCUCUGACUGACUCGGCCACGUCGGCAUCAUUGUCUGACCCCACAAAGUUGACAAGAAUCCAACAAUACAAGUCUCAAAUCGAAUGCCUGCCUCUCGAGCGAAUACCCUCUAUGAACAAAUCUCUGGUUGAAUUUGGCAGAUAUGCUAGCUUACUGUAUCUACAUGAGUUGGUAUUACAUGUCAACCACAACAUCGAUGAGUUCAAGGCACCUUUUAGUGUGAAGUCCUUGGAGACGUGUAAUUUCAUCGACAUGCACGAUCUCGACCCAUCUCGCAUUUCAAUGCUUCGCGCUAUCAUACGAGCGGCACAAGGUCUGCUUGAUACUUUCCUCGGGCUAUCCACGUCCGACAUGAUUGCUUUACCACCCCAUAUGUAUGGCGGUCGUGUAAUAUAUGCAGUGGUGCUUUUGUUGAAACUAUAUAAGGCAAUUACGUUAUCAGGGCCGGCAAUAAACGAUUAUGUCACUGCUGACGAAUUACGACUGGAAGUGUAUAUCGAACACCUCGUCCUCGUUUCGAGGAGUCUCAUUGCGCAGGAUGAUCGCAGUGCUUUGAGCAGGUCAUUCUUGGUCAUGCCUCAGCUGAAGCAGUGGUUACAUAGUCACCAACCCAAGAUCUCGCCCGGGUCAGACGAAACUGAAACGGCGGAAGUCCUCCCAUUCCAGACCGGUGCUGGGUCGUUGAGCACUACAAUACAAACGCUGACGGCUACUCUUGGUGUUCCCUCAACCCAGACGCAGACGCCCGAGAUGACCCAUCUUGAGCGAUUGGAUGGACUUAGGCAGUCCGACGGGCCUAUCCAGUCUUCCAAAUCAUCUGACUACCCUAUUGUACAUAAUGGGGGUACAGAAUUUGAACCAAAUCGGCAUGAACCAGCAUCUGACUCUUGGUUUUGGGAAUUUUUCAAUGUCGACAUGCUCCAUCAGAAUGCCCAUUCAUCAUGA